AAAAACAAAACAAGAUGGCGGAUUUUCUGAAAAAGGGUUCGGAGCUGCAAACCAUAGCUAAAUCAGUUAAAAAUAAAUCUACAAAUAAAUAAAUACUGUAAUUAGUUAGGUUGGCAAACGAACCACUGUCAAACAUUUAAAUAGUAUUUGUUUGUUUUGAAUAAUUUUGUGUUUUCUCCUGUUGCUGUAUAACGACCGUAUUGGUAACUUUGGAAGCUUAUGCCUGCCUAUACCAUAACCCCACCGCCACCAUGGAGCACUCUGUUCACCAUGUUGACGUCAGUAAACAGCUGGUCUCCACAACGCCAUACGUCUGUCAUCUGCUCGGUACAGUUGAAUCUGGGAUUCAUCUGUGAAGAGUACACUUCUCCAGUGUGCCAGUGGCCAUCGUUGCCACCAUGGCGGAGGAGCGGAGGCCGAAGCAGUGCACUGUGGUUCUUCCCACUGAGUCCAUGAAGGCCAUGGCAGAGUCCAUAGGAGUGGGGCAGCUACAGGAGGAGAGCUGUGCCGCCCUGAGCGAGGAGGUCAGCUACAGAAUAAAGGAGAUCGCCCAGGACGCGUUGAAGUUUAUGCACCACGGAAAGAGACGUAAACUGACGACAAGCGACAUAGAUCAUGCUCUUAAACUGAAGAAUGUAGAGCCUCUGUAUGGGUUCCAGUCGCAGGAGUUCAUCCCGUUCCGCUUUGCCAGCGGAGGAGGGAGGGAGCUUCACUUCUACGAGGAGAAGGAGGUGGACCUUAGUGACAUCAUCAACACACCCCUCCCUAGAGUCCCACUUGAUGUUUCACUCAAAGCUCACUGGUUAAGUAUUGAAGGUGUCCAGCCUGCUAUACCAGAAAACCCACCCCCAGCCCCCAAAGAGCAGCAGAAGGCUGAGUCUACAGAGCCCCUCAAGGUAGUCAAGCCUGGUCAGGAGGAGGAGGGCUCCAUCCAGAAGGGCCAGGGAGCUAUAUCUGCAGAGGCUAAAGGUAAGAAGGAGGGUCUGAUGAGGAUGAAGCCCCGCAGUACUCACGAGCUCUCAGUGGAACAGCAGCUCUACUACAAGGAGAUCACGGAGGCCUGCGUCGGGUCCUGUGAGGCCAAGAGAGCUGAGGCUCUACAGAGUAUUGCUACAGACCCUGGGCUCUACCAGAUGCUCCCCAGAUUCAGCACAUUUAUCUCUGAGGGGGUCCGUGUGAACGUGGUGCAGAACAACCUGGCCCUGCUCAUCUACCUGAUGAGGAUGGUCAAGGCCCUCAUGGACAACCCCACACUCUACCUAGAGAAAUAUCUGCAUGAGUUGAUCCCAGCGGUGGUGACGUGUAUAGUGAGUAAGCAGCUGUGUUUGCGGCCUGACGUGGACAACCACUGGGCUCUGAGGGACUUCGCUGCCCGUCUGAUGGCCCAGAGCUGUAAGACCUUCAGCACCACCACCAACAACAUCCAGUCACGCAUCACCAAGACCUUCACCAAGAGCUGGUUGGAUGAGAAGACCCAGUGGACGACACGGUAUGGCUGCAUCGCUGGACUGUCUGAACUAGGACCUGACGUGAUCAAGACGUUGAUCCUGCCCAGGCUCACUGUAGAAGGAGCUCGUAUCAAAGCUGUGUCUGAGGGACCUGUGGUCUCCAACAUCGAUAAGAUAGGAGCAGACCACGUCCAAAGCCUUCUACUGAAACACUGUGCCAGCGUUAUCGCCAAGACUCGUCCCCUGCCUGACAACAUGGAGCAGUACCGGGCAGACUACGGUUACCUGGGGCCUACGCUCUGUUCCCACGUGGUUAAGGCCCGGGCCCAGGCAGCACUACAGGCCCAGCAGGUCAACAGAACCACACUCACCAUCACACAGCCUCGGCCCACCCUAACGGUGUCUCAGAGCGGGAUAGGAGGGUCGGGGGGGUCCCGUUCCCCCAGCAUCAUCAAGGUUCCCAGCUCCCUCACCCUCAUGUCCACCCGACCAGGCACCCCAACACAGCCAUCGCCACCGGCAACCAAGUACAUCGUCAUGGCAACCAGUGCAGGGGCUUCCUCCACCCAGCAGGUGAUCACCUUGAGUUCCUCCUCGGGCUCCUCGGUAACCAGCACGGUUGCCAGCGCUACCUCCACCCUGCAGCCUCUGGUCAAGCUGGAGUCCAGAGCGGCCAGCGGCCUCGGGGGGUCGCGACCCCUCCAGAAGUACAUUGUGGUGUCUCUCCCCACGUCCGCCUCUUCCUCCCUGGAGAGUAAGAGUGGCAUGCUCCCCCCCUCCUCUUCCUCUACCUCUCCCAUCUCGCUGGAGGCCGGGAUGAAGAUGGAUCGCUCAGACUCUCCCGGGGCCAGCACACAGUCCCCGCACUAAGAUACUGGUUGCGUCCCAAAUGGCACCCUACUCCCUAUAUAGUGCGCUACUUUUGACCAGGGCUCAUAGGGCACUGUUAAAAAGUAGUCCAGGAUCCAUAGGGCUCUUGUCAAAAGGAGUGCACUAUAUGAGGAAUAGGGUGCCAUUUGCGACGCAGACACUGGCUUGUAAUUGGCUUAGGGUGGUCAGACAGCCCUCUGAUUGGAUGUUGAUGGUGAUAAUGAGAGAUACCUCUACCUCUCUGAUAGGACAGAGAUUAGGUGCCUGAAGAGGGAGGAAGGGAUUACUUUUGGGAGCCGUGGUGGAAACUAGCAACUUCUGAGUCUAGAGUAGCAGAAGAAUUGUCAGAAAAGGGGGAUAUUAUGCGAAAGUGAUUGAUAGAGACCAGAUGGGAUGGCGGGAGGAGUGGAUGGAUGGGUGCAUGCAGUAAAGUGCACAAAUCAUAUCUCUUUUCUUAUUGUACAUACAUUCACACGUGUCUAAAAGCUGUGUGGGCAUUUAUAAUGGUUCAACCAACAUUCUAAUUGAUUUUAUGUUCCUUUUUUACACUAUAAUAAACCUGAUUUUGUAAUGA